GCCCGGCGCGGGGCGGGGCGGGGCGCCGCCGAGGCCGGUGCCAUGGCGGUGGACGGGCCCACCAUCACCAGCCGCCUGAAGAACCUGCUCCGCUCCCCGUCCAUCAAGCUGCGCAGGACCAAGGCGGCCGCCCGCAGGGAGGACAUCGCUUCCAGGGUGACCUUGGAGAAGGUGCUGGGAAUCACCGUGUCCGGAGGCCGGGGCCUGGCCUGCGACCCCCGCUCGGGUUUGGUGGCGUAUCCAGCCGGGUGUGUGGUGGUCCUGUUCAAUCCCCGGAAGCAUAAACAACAGCACAUCCUCAACAGCUCCAGGAAGACCAUCACCGCCCUGGCCUUCUCCCCCGAUGGCAAGUACCUGGUCACCGGCGAGAGCGGGCACAUGCCCGCGGUCCGGGUGUGGGACGUGGCCGAACGCAGCCAAGUGGCAGAGCUGCAGGAGCACAAAUACGGCGUGGCCUGCGUGGCCUUCGCCCCCAGCGCCAAGUACAUCGUGUCCGUGGGCUACCAGCACGACAUGAGCAUCAACGUCUGGGCCUGGAAGAAAAACAGCGUGGUGGCCUCCAACAAGGUGUCCAGCCGGGUCACGGCCGUCUCCUUCGCGGAAGACUGCAGCUACUUCGUCACCGCCGGCCACCGGCACAUCAAAUUCUGGUACCUGGACGACAGCAAGGCGCCCAAGGUGAAUGCCACCGUGCCCCUGCUGGGUCGCUCCGGGCUUCUGGGGGAGCUGCGCAACAACCUGUUUACGGACGUGGCCUGCGGCCGGGGCCGGCGGGCCGACAGCACCUUCUGCAUCACCGCCUCCGGCCUGCUGUGCCAGUUCGGCCAGCGCCGGCUGCUCGACAAAUGGGUAGAGCUGCGGACCACGGUGGCCCACUGCAUCUCCGUGAGCCAGGACUGCAUCUUCUGCGGCUGCGCCGAUGGGACCGUGCGGCUCUUCAACCCCUCGAACCUGCACUUCCUCAGCACGCUGCCCCGGCCCCACGCCCUGGGCACCGACGUGGCCAGCGUCACCGAGGCCAGCCGCCUCUUCUCCGGCGUGGCCAACGCCAAGUACCCUGACACCAUCGCCCUGACCUUCGACCCCACCAACCAGUGGCUGUCCUGCGUGUACAACGACCACAGCCUCUACGUGUGGGACGUCAGGGACCCCAAGAAAGUGGGCAAAGUCUACUCGGCCCUCUACCACUCCGCUUGCGUCUGGAGCGUGGAGGUGUACCCUGAAGUGAAGGACGGAAGCCAGGCCUGUCUUCCGCCCAGCUCCUUCGUCACCUGCUCCUCCGACAACACCAUCCGCCUCUGGAACACCGAGAGCUCCGGGGUCCACGGCUCCGCGCUGCACCGCAACAUCCUCAGCCACGACCUGAUCAAGAUCAUCUACGUGGACGGGAACACGCAGGCCCUGCUGGACACGGAGCCUUCCGGGGGCGGGGACAAGGCCGACGGACCCCCGGGGGACACCCGCCUGGGCAUCCGCUCCGUCUGCAUCAGCCCCAACGGGCAGCACCUGGCCUCGGGGGACCGGGUGGGCACGCUCAGGGUGCACGAACUGCAGUCUCUGAGCGAGAUGCUGCGGGUAGAGGCCCACGACUCGGAGAUCCUGUGCCUGGAGUACUCCAAGCCGGACACCGGCCUGAAGCUCCUGGCGUCGGCCAGCCGCGACCGCCUCAUCCACGUCCUGGACGCCGGCCGCCAGUACAGCCUGCAGCAGACCCUGGACGAGCACUCCUCCUCCAUCACCGCCGUCAAGUUCGCAGCCAGCGACGGGCAGGUGCGCAUGAUCAGCUGUGGGGCGGACAAGAGCAUCUACUUCCGCACCGCCCAGAAGUCCGGGGCCGGGGUGCAGUUCACGCGGACGCACCACGUGGUGAGGAAGACGACGCUGUACGACAUGGACGUGGAGCCCAGCUGGAAGUACACGGCCAUCGGCUGCCAGGACCGCAACAUCCGGAUCUUUAACAUCAGCAGCGGGAAGCAGAAGAAGCUGUUCAAGGGGUCCCAGGGGGAGGAUGGCACCUUGAUCAAAGUGCAGACCGAUCCCUCGGGGGUCUACAUUGCCGCCAGCUGCUCCGACAAGAACCUCUCCAUCUUCGACUUCUCCUCGGGCGAGUGCGUGGCCACCAUGUUUGGCCACUCCGAGAUCGUCACGGGCAUGAAAUUCAGCAAUGACUGCAGACAUCUCAUCUCCGUGUCCGGGGACAGCUGCAUUUUCGUGUGGCGCCUGAGCUCGGAGAUGACCAUCGGCAUGCGGCAGCGCCUGGCAGAGCUGCGGCAGCGAGGCGGCCCGCCCCGGGGACCCUCACCUCCGCGCAGGACAGCCCUCGGCCGGCGAGAGGCCCCGGCCCCCACCCUGACGCCCGGGCCGGCCCCAUCCUCCGACAGUGACAAGGACGGGGAGGAGCAGGAGGAAGAGGAGGAGGAAGAUGACGAGGAAGAGGAGGGGGAGGAGGAGCUGCCUGCCCUGCCCAUCUUCGCCCGGGGCACCCGCAGGGAGCCGGCCCCCGCCGCCAGCCUGGUGCUGCCCCGCAGCCGGUCCAGCUGGGAGAUGAGUCGCCCGGGGGAGGCAGCCGAGUUCCCGCGCCCGCUCCCCACCCUCGGCCAGGGGCCCCAGCGGCGUGGGCGCUGGGCCCAGCCGGGAGGCCCGGCCGAGCUCAGCGUCCGCUCCAUGCUGGACCUGCGGCAGCUGGAGGCCCUGGCCGCCCCACGCGCUGCCCCCCGGGACUCGCCAGCCCUGGCCCGACCCGGGCCCCCGGGCCGCCUCCAGCAGCCCCCGGCCCCCGAUCGGCCUGGCAGCCCCCCGGGGUCCCCAGCCCCCCAGCCUCGAGCCACCCAGCCGGCGCCCGAGCGGGAGCUGGGACUCAAGCCGGCCAGGAGCGAGGAUGGCACCAUCUUUCCCGAGCUGGGCCACAGCCCCCUUCUGGAUGCCAGUGAGUUUCAGGUGGCGCUCGGCCCUCGGUACCCGCUGGGCAGCGCAGCCCCGGAGAAGCACAGCCCCGACAGUGCCUGCUCCGUCGACUACAGCAGUAGCCGCCUUUCAAGCCCGGAGCACCCCAACGACGACUCGGAGAGCACCGAGCCUCUGAGCGUGGACGGCGUCUCCUCGGACCCGGACGACGUGGUGGAGGGCGAGGAGGAGGAGGAGGAGGACGGGGAGGGAGGAGGCCCCGGAGGGCUGCAGGGAGGCGGCCCUCACACCCCCGACCAGGAACAGUUCCUCAAGCAGCACUUCGAGACGCUGGCUCAGGGCUCCGCCCCAGGCGGCCCCACCCAGGCCCCGGAGAGGAUGGAGUCUCAGAGCAUCUCUUCCCGCUUCCUGUCCCAGGCCCAGCCCUUCACCCCCAGGGUUCUGGUUCCGGAGCAGAGACCCGUCUGGCCGCCGCGGGCCCCCCCGGACAGCCUGGGCCACCAGAGUGCCAGCCCUCCUGGGGCACCCCCCGGCCCGGUGGCCUCGCAGCGACACCGGGGCCCCAACCUGGCCAGUGGCUGGGCUCCGGGGGGGAGCGGCUCGCCAGGCCCCGCGGGCGGCCUCAGGAAGACCCAGUCGGUGCAGAACCUGGGCCCGCAGGAUGAGCCGCCCGCUCCGUUACCAUUGCCCCCACUGACGAGCCCGGUCCGAGGUGGGGUGGCAGCCCCGCCGCAGGGGGAUGGCCGCCCGGCCCGGCCGCGCUCCUACCUGAGCCCUACCACCAGCUCCAGGGCCAAGAUUGCCCGCAGCGUCUCCCUCGGGGACAACCUGGGCCUAGGCGAGCCAGCUGAGCCCCAGGUGCCCUUCCGGCCGCCCAGCGCCCGGCUGCCUCCACCCAGCCGGGCCCACCUCAUCCUGGACGUCCCCAAGCCCCUGCCCGACAGGCCCGGCCUGGCCUGCUUCUCACCCGUGGCCAGGGGCCAGGAGGAACCGUGCCAGGGAGCACCGUGUCGGGCAGAGCCACCCCGCUCCCCGGGCAACCCGCGAAAGGAGUCUGUCCCACCCGAGGCGGGGCCCGGCUCCCGGACGGAUGCCCCAUCACUGCCUGGACUCUACAGCCUCGGUGCCCCGGAGUUGCCAGCCGGCUGGCCUUGCCAGGGCCUUGAGAGCCCCCGGCCCUCAUCCCUGGAGGAAGCCCCUGGCCCCCAGGACCUUGCCAGGCCGGGGGCGGCCCUGGGCCAGGGCUCAGAGGUGGCAGUGAGCGUGGAGCGGUGCGAACGCCUAGUCGGGGAGCUCCGAGAGAGCGUGCGCCGGGCUGUGCGUCUCUACCGGCUGGUGGCCGGCCUCGGGGCGCCCUCGGCCGAGCAGGGCCGCGUCGCCCGACUCCUCAGAGACACCUUCUCCGCGGUGCGGCAGGAGCUGGAUGCCCUGGCUGAGGAAGGGUCUGUGGGCCCGGGGGCCGUGAGCCCCGGGGCCGGGGGGCCCGUGGCCGUGGGGGGCGAGCAGACCCGGGCGCUGCUGGAGCAAUACUCAGAGCUGCUGCUGCGGGCCGUACAACAGCGCAUGGGGCACCGGCCCUGAGCCCGCCCGCCCCCGCCGCCCACAAGCCCCUGCAGGGGACUAGCCGCAGGGCCCUCAGGGGUCGGGGGAGAGAGGCUCUGCCCACCCCAUGCCCUUGUACAUAUUAAUUUAUUUUCCUGGUGGAUG